CAACAUUUUUAGGAACCGAAAACACCUGGCCACCUGCCAGCUGCUGAUAUACCGAAGAUUUUGAUUGGUCCAGGUGGACCUACAGGUGCUCCGGGUAUGAAAGGAGACAAAGGAGACAGAGGUGACCGUGGCGAAUGGGGCCUACCUGGAAGAGAUGGAGCACCAGGCUCACCUGGCAAAGAUGGUUUUCCCGGGCCCGAGGGUAUCGAAGGGGAGAUUGGAGUAGAAGGACCGGCAGGCCCGAAGGGAGAGCGCGGCGACAAAGGGGAACGUGGUCUAGAAGGCCCGCGCGGCCGUUCAGGAAAUCCGGGCCCGAUGGGUUUGACUGGACCUCCCGGAACGCCAGGACUCCAAGGACGACCGGGUCCGCCGGGACCAGCAGGAAAUAAACUUUUGCCAUCAGAUAGGCUACGCGGCCAGAGUAUUUUCUUGAAAAACUACAUUCCUCCACGCGAGAGCGGACGUAGAGGUCUGCCCGGGCCACGAGGCGCGCCGGGAGAGGCCGGGCCGCCGGGCGAGAGAGGCCUGAACGGCGCAGCGGGAUCCCCUGGAAUUCCCGGUCAGGACGGAGCGCCGGGACAAGCCGGACCUCCAGGCCCCAAAGGCCAGAGAGGCGCGACAGGCGCGCAAGGGCUGCCCGGUCGAGGCGUCAGCGACGCCGAAAUCCGACACAUUUGUCUGAACAUCGUCAAGGAUCAGUUGCAGGAGCUGUCUGUAGUAACGCAAGGACAUGUAAAACCAAUCUACAAAAUCCGCCAAGGUCGUUCAGGUUCACCUGGGCAACCUGGUCACCCAGGUGAACGAGGAGCACCUGGGGAGCGUGGUCCAGUCGGUCUUCCCGGAAUAGUCGGGCCUAUGGGACCGCAAGGGCCGCCCGGAGAACGAGGAGAAAAGGGCGAGAAAGGCGGCGACGGAAUUGGCUACGAGGGACCAGCAGGAAGCCCCGGGCCGCCUGGCAUUCCUGGAAACGAUGGCUACGGUCCACCCGGCCCACCUGGCCAACGCGGGGAGCCUGGUGUGCCAGGAUUUCCCGGAAAUAGCGGAGCUCCGGGCCCCCAGGGACCGCCUGGUUACUGUGACUUUCGCAACCACCCCGGGUCUGCAGAAGAUUAUAAAACUUAUCGACAGAGUUAUGAAAAAGGGCUCACAACGUACUUGUAGUCAUAGAUGUUUAGUAUAUUAUUGCACUUUUAUGCGGAAAAAAUGUCGAUUAUAACGAAUAUAUAUUUUUACGUAAACUAAAAAUAAAAUUGUCAACCACUUCGAUUAAAA